AUGUCCAAGUACGCGAACCCUCCGCAGGCCCCGCCGCUCUUCACUGGCACCAAGGAGUCUAUUGUAGCCGACUCCAAGGCCCUUUGCGACCGCACUCGCCAGUUGUUGGACAACCUCGUCGCUACGAUCAAGCCUGAUGAGGACCCCGCCUCGGCGACCUUCGAGUCCGUGCUCAAGCCCCAGAUCGAGGACGAGAACCAAGCUUCCCUCAGCAAUCGCGUUCUGGGCUUCUACCAGUAUGUCAGCGCCGAUAGCGAGCUCCGGAAUGCCUCUACCGAGGCCGAAAAGAUCCUAGACGAGUUCGCCAUUGAGUGUAGCAUGCGUGAGGACGUCUUCCGUUUGGUCGAUGCCGUGUACAAGAACUCCGGACUCUCAGAGACCCUCGAGAAGGACAAGGACCGCGUGAUUGACGAGGCUCUGGCCAAGAGCGUUGGCUUCGAUGACAUUGAAAGCGCCCGUCUACUGCACAAAGAAAGAAAGAGCUACAUCAAGAAUGGCCUUGGUCUCCCUGAGGGUCCGCAGAGAGACCGCUUCAAGGAGAUCAAGAAGCGUCUAAGCCAGAUCCAGAUCGAGUUUCAGAAGAACCUCAACGAGGAGAACGGCGGGCUGUGGUUCACACCCGAGGAGCUUGAUGGUGUGCCGCAGGAUGUUUUGGACACGCUAGAGAAGGGCACUGGUGAGAACGAGGGCAAGCUCCGUCUUACCUUCAAGUAUCCCGACCUCUUCCCCACGCUCAAGUUUGCCAAGAACCCCGAGACUCGUAAGAAGGUGUUCAUUGCGAAUGAGAACAAGUGCAACCAGAACGUGCCCUUGUUCAAGGAGGCCAUUCUGCUCCGUGACGAGGCGGCUCGUCUUCUCGGCUACCCUGACCAUGCCUCAUUCCGCAUUGAGGACAAGAUGGCCAAGACCCCCCAGGCUGUCCUGGACUUCCUGAAUGACUUGAAGACUCGUCUGGCCCCUGGUGGCGUGAAGGAGAGGGAACAUCUCCUGGAACUCAAGAAGAAGGAUCACGAAGCUCGUGGUCUUCCCUUCGAUGGAAACUACUACCUUUGGGACCACAGGUUCUAUGACCGGAUGAUGGUCGAGCAGGAGUACAGCAUUGACGAGAACGCCAUCGCCGAGUACUUCCCUCUGAAGUCAACCGUCGCUGGCAUGCUUCGUAUCUUCGAAGAGCUGUUUGGCCUGGUCUUCGUCGAGCUUACCCCUGAGGACCGUAAGCGCAUCUCGCCCACUGGCAAAGCCGAGGACAUUGCCUGGCAUGAGGAUGUGAUCAUCUUCAGCGUCUGGGAUGACGACACCGAGGGCAAUGGCUUUGUUGGCUAUCUGUACCUCGACCUCCAUCCACGUCCUGGCAAGUAUGGCCAUGCUGCCAACUUCAACCUCCAGCCAGGCUUCCUGAAGUCCGAUGGAACGCGCCACUACCCUGCUACCGCUCUUGUUUGCAACUUCAGCAAGCCUACCCCCACUAAGCCCUCGCUACUGAAGCACGAUGAAGUCGUGACCCUCUUCCACGAGCUAGGCCACGGUAUUCAUGACCUGGCCGGUCGCACCCGGUACUCGCGCUAUCAUGGCACCUCAACUGUCCGCGACUUCGUCGAGGCUCCCAGCCAAAUGCUCGAGAACUGGUGCUGGACCCCUAGCCAGCUCAAGAGCCUGAGCAGCCAUUACCAGACCGGCGCCCAGAUUCCGGAUGAGCUCAUUGAGAAGCUCAUCGCUACCAAGCACGUCAACGAUGCGCUGUUCAACCUCCGCCAGCUGCACUUCGGUCUCUUUGAUAUGGCUGUUCACACCCCCAAGCAUCAUGGGGAGCUUGAGGAGUUGGAUGUCAGCAAGCUUUACAACGAGCUGCGAGCUCAGAUCUCUCAGAUUCAGGGCCCCGAGGCUCUGGGUGAGCCUAGCACUUGGGGCAAUGGCCAAGCCACCUUUGGCCAUCUCAUCGGCGGCUAUGAUGCCGGCUACUACGGUUACCUCUACUCGCAGGUUUACUCCACCGACAUGUUCUACACGGCCUUCAAGACCAACCCAAUGGACCCCGUUCAGGGUCGCCGCUACCGCCACACUGUGCUGGAGAAGGGCGGCAGCCAGGAUGAGAUGCUCUCACUCACGCAGUUCCUGGGCCGCAAGCCUAGCACUGAGGCGUUCUACAAAGAGCUGGGCCUGUCGGAUUAA